UCGUUGUUGAUUAAAUGUAUGCGUCAACUGUGGCUUAUUUUAGAUAGAAAUCUUGAUAACACUGCCUCAAGAAAACACCCCGAAAAUAGCAGCAGCAGCUCAUCUUCUUCCGCUUCGACCUCAAGUGUCUGCACUUUCAAACUCCCAACCAACAACUCCAAAUCUACAUCUACCACUAGUACUAGUCGCAGAACAGAGAAAGAGCACCUAUUGUCUAACAGCACUAAGUCAUCAGUUGAACUAGAAAAGCAGUCACAAAAGAGCCACCCUUACUCAUCCCAACAGCAGAUAAAGAGUGUCAAUACAACCGAACGCGAUUAUAAAGUUAACGUGGUCGCUUCAGAUCAAGACACCAAGGCCAAAGUAGAAUUGCCGACGAAGGAAGAGUCCAAUAAGAGUGUUUCUAGAAACAUUUCGACAGGGAACCACCAAUCGAGACCAGUGCUAACCAAACCGGUGGAAUCGAGUAGCAGCGAGAGUAGCCGUGAUAAUUCUUUUUCUUCUUCCCACAAAAAAGCCAGACAAAGUCGCACGACAGUUUUGACUCCGUUGUUGACACAUAGCUCAGAAUCAUCAGCACCACCACUUGCGAAGAUGGGUAACGAGAGUUCACUGCCAAUGGAAUUGUGUUCGACAUUCGACGCGGAGGAGAUCAAACGUCUGGGCAAGCGGUUCAAGAAGCUGGACCUGGACAACUCCGGAUCUCUCUCAGUGGACGAGUUCAUGUCUCUCCCGGAAUUGCAACAGAAUCCGCUGGUUCAAAGAGUGAUAGACAUAUUGGAUGUGGACGGGAAUGGAGAGAUCGACUUCAAAGAGUUCAUUGAGGGAAUCUCACAGUUUAGCGUCAAAGGUGACAAAGACUCCAAGUUAAGAUUCGCUUUCAAAAUUUACGACAUGGACAAAGACGGAUACAUUUCAAACGGAGAACUAUUCCAGGUGCUGAAAAUGAUGGUAGGGAACAACCUGAAAGACACGCAACUGCAGCAGAUAGUAGAUAAGACCAUAUUCCACGCAGACACUGACGGAGAUGGCCGAAUAUCCUACGAGGAGUUCUGUGCUGUAGUGGGAACCAUGGACGUGCACAAGAAGAUGGUUGUCGACGUCUAGCCCCAGAAAGCCCUCAUCCUCCGCCCCAACACCUAGUCCACGUCUCAAACCCCCUCCUCCCCAAACUAACCUAGAGUAGAGUAGAGAGAAAUGGAAUCGAAGUCGAAAUUUAAGCAGUCUGCAAUCAAAGCAGAAUGAAAGAACACGACAGUAUUCUCUAUAAUUGGGUGAAAUCAUGACCUAGUUAAUGCUUAUUGGGGAAACUUAAUACUAUUACGUUAACAGAAGCUGCGCUACUCAUUUAUGAGCAUAACAGAGCAAGAUUUAUUGGAUUAGCUGACAUUAGGUUAACACUAAAGGAACAAUUUCAAAACUUGACGAAUUGCUGAGGUUAUCUUUGAAUCUGGUAAAUCUGAAAAUGAACAAGCUAUUUCGAUAUGUCAGCUCAGGUAUGCAUGGUGUUAGCAUAACAAGUGAAAGCAGUUUGAGGCUUACUUACUAAUUAGACGCAAACUGAAGUGUUUGAAACUCAGUAGAGUAAUCUAAUACACCGUGGCCCAUUCCGAUUUUGUUUUGAUUGAUUGAGUUAAUUUCAAACCCAUUCUUUUGCUAUUUUUGAUAUUUUCCUAUUUUUUACUCGCUCGAUAUCGACCAUUUUGAUCAGAUCGUUUUCUACACGAAGAUUUAAUUUUAUGACAACUAGGGAUGUUUUAAGUAUUUGUUGUUUCUGGAUAUUUUCAAGAAAUUUUAAAGAAAUCAGAAGUUAAAUCUUCGUCCCGUCGUGGAAUGCAAUUUUCAUUUACAAUUUGUCUUGAGUAAUUUAGUUGCUGUGCAUCAUUUAGACAAAAGCCAACCGGACCUACUCUCCGAGUAACUAUCUUACUAUAUGUGACCCUUUCAUUGUGUUCUCCGGUUGUGUGCCAUCAUCAUUGGUGUAAAAUUCAAAAAUAUCCCCUGUUUAGUAGUUACUGACUGACUUUUCCUUGUGUCCUAAAAAUAGCCAACCUCAUUGUUUUGAAGAUUUCAAUUUGAUCGAACUAGAAAGAAAGAGAUGCUCCAGGUUUUAUAUUAGGUUGGCUACUUUCUAAUUUAAGCCCGAUUUGCUGAUAGUAAGUUUAAAAGCUUGUAAAAUGGAAACUUAAAAGAAAUCGUAAUCCUAUCGACCGCAAAAACUAAUGUGUCAAGUUUUAGGUACAAGAUACACCAGUAAUUGUUUUUGCUUUGCCAUUAGAUAUUGGUUUUUAGAAAGAUAAGUGUUGCAUAUUUCUGGUCAUAAGAGGAAAAAUCAGGAACACUCGAAGUUUUUGGUGCCACACAGCUGUGGAUUUGCACUAAAAGUAAAAAGAAACACGCGAACUAAUUCAAAUAAAUUUAAAUUAGUUUUGUAAGCUUUUUAGUUUUUCGUUGAAAUUUUUAGUAGUUUUGUCUCAGCCUCGGGAGUUAUGAAACGCAGGCGCAGAUUACAGUAUCAUAAUAAAAAGUUCGAUUCGAUUUGAACUUAAAUCAAGCAUAAAAUUUGAAACAUGAAUCAUGAAUAGGUCGUGCUCAAAAAUAAAAUGCAUGGGGAAAAAUUGCUAUGCCCCCCACCUUCAAAUUUUUGUCAUGAAAUUUGGAAUUAUAAUUAAAGUUUUUGAAUCUAUCGGUUGGAUCAUUAUCAUUUUAACCCCAUGGUUCAUGAUCACGUCCGCAUUCGGGCUAAUUAAGAGACAUGAUCUGCAAUUAAUGUGAGCAAAUUUACUUAAUUCACUCCCCCCUCCCAAAUACCCGACAGUACUGCAAACUCGAAUAGAGACUAUACUGCUCACCCUUCGCUUGAUUUGAUAGGGAUAGCUCACUGUUUAAAUGUCCAUAUAUAAAACUUCAAAUAUUUAUGAUUAUUUUGUCGAUUAUCUUAUUACCUCAGACAUACGAGCACGCUUUUACAAUUGCGACGCUUCUUUGUAUAUACAAAUGUUAAAUUAAUGAAAUUAUUAAAAUUUUUGCUUUUCCUCAGAUUUAAUAGAAUUGACAGUUUUGAAAUGA